UAUAUAUUAAAAAUGGAGAAAACCUUAUUGACAGUUGGUUUGAUGAUGUUGUUGGGUGCAAGCUUAUACUUAAACAACACAUAAGAAGUAUCAGAUGAAAUUGAUACAGCAAAUCUUUAUGCAAAUUGGAAAUUAAAAUAUCAAAAGAGAUAUACAAACCAAAGAGAUGAAAUGUACAGAUACAAGGUGUUUACAGACAAUUUAAAUUAUAUCAGAGCAUUUUAUGAAAGUCCAGAAGAGACAACAUAUACAUUGGAAUUGAAUUAAUUCGCUGAUAUGAGUUAAUAAGAAUUUGCUUAAACAUAUUUAAGUUUAAGAGUACCAAAGAAAGCUAAAUUAAACAGUCAAAAUGAAAAUUUCUAAUACAAGGGAGCUGAAAUAGAUUGGACAACAGAUAAGAGCAUAAAAUAUCCAGCUGUCAAAAAUUAAGGAAAUUGUGGUUCAUGUUGGGCAUUUUCAGCAGUAGGAACACUUGAAAUAAACACAGAGAUCGAAUUGAAUAGAAGAUAUGAGUUAUCUGAAUAAGAUUUGGUUGAUUGUUCAGGACCAUAUGAUAACGAAGGAUGUAAUGGUGGUUGGAUGGAUUCUGCUUACGAGUAUGUUGCUGAUAAUGGUUUGGCUGAAGCUAAAGACUAUCCAUACACUGCUAAAGAUGGAGUAUGCAAGACAUCAGUUAGAAGAGAUUACAGAUAUGUUGUAGGAUUCUAUGACAUUGAUACUUGUGCUGAAUUAGCAGAAACUAUUUAAUAUAGAACAGUUGCUGUCGCUGUUGAUGCCAAUCCCUGGUAAUUCUAUAGUAAUUAUUUAUAUUAAUUUUAAUAGGAAGUGGUAUCUUAACUAAAUGUACUAAAAAUUUAAAUCACGGAGUCGUUCUUGUUGGUGUUUCAGCUGAUGGAGUUUGGAAGAUUAGAAACUCUUGGGGAGCUAGUUGGGGAGAAGCUGGUCACAUUAGACUUGCUGGAGGUGAUACUUGUGGUAUCUGUGCUGCACCAUCUUUCCCAUUAUUAGAAUGAGGAUGACUUUGAUUUAUCAUACAUAGAUUUAUCAAAAUAUUAGUUAUUUAUUUU